AUGAAAAGGAAGACCUGCAAUUUUGUGAACAAUGUGGAGUCGAGUUUGUUGAUUCUCAUAUACAAAGAUAUCAAAUGGGCUACAUCAAACUCGCAUACCCGGUGGCGGGGUUUAGUUUCAGACAUUGACUUUGACACUCUAUCUCUUUCCCCAAGAAAACCUUUUGAUUAUCUCCUCUUCUUCAAUUGUGAGUUAUUAUCGUCGUCCGGCAACAUAGUUCAACUGAUUCAAGGGUGUGUCGAGGAAAAUGGUGCUCACAUUGUGGUUCAUUAUGUCCACGCUACACCCAACCACCUGAGCUACGUAAAGAUUAUGGUAAGCACAAACCUUUUAAUGGUAGGUUCUAUUUCAAGCUUUUUCACAUUCAAGAUAAAUCAUGGGGGUUCGUUCACAACUACGGUAUUUGGAAGGUCGUACAUAGAUGAGCUUGUGGAUCACUUUGAUUUUGUGGACAUGGAUGUGUUUUCAGUCCAUGAGUUAGAUGAUAUGAUGGCAGUCUUAGGGUACAAUGAUGGAAGUAUAAUGUUUUACCAUUUUAUGAUCCUAGAGACAGACUUGGAUAGUGGAUUGCUACCCCUUGGCAUCGAUCAGGAAUUCAUUCAGCUGGCAAGGUAUGUGCCUAAUCAUAAGGAAAUUAAUUUGUACAUUGAGCAUGGGAAGACUAGAGUAGUCCCUUACUUUAAGUCCCCAUUGAAGGUUUGUAUUGAGGAAGUUGAAGGGAAUCAUUAUACUGAAAUGAAUGGGGUUAGAAUGAAAAGGAAAUCAUUUGGGUCAUGUAGUAAAAAGUUAGAUUUGAAUGAGCCCACUGAUUUGUCAAAGUUUAUUGUACCCUAUGAACUUAUGAUCAACAAAAAAAAACACUCAGCUGAUCGAGAGAGGGUCCCUUUAGGGGGUACAGUUUGA